AUGAAGCCAAGAAGUUGGUGUUCGCCAUAACAUUUUUAGGGUAGCUACUGGUCGGUCCAACUUCAUUUUUCUUUCACUGGGAUCUAAGAACUUUGUCGAAAAUGAAAGGAACAUUUUGUAUUUUGAUCGUAUCCUGUUUCACAUAUAUAAAUUGCCGGAGUCUAAGUCAGCCAAUUCAUAAUAACUAUAGUAGUGGAAAUAACGACCAUCGAACACAAUCUAUCCUUGGAUUAGGCCCCACUUUUAGCUUGAGAAGCACCGAAAGAAACCAUGGAUCAAAUCUUUUAUCAACUUCAGACACCAAACCAAAAACAAAGCCGCGACACAGACAACAUCAUUUUACCUCUUAUUCUCCAAAAAUUUCAGGUGCACUUGGACAAAGCAAGCUGUCUAGGCGCCAUGAACAACAGUAUCCAAUAUCCUUGAAGUUCGGUGCCCCCGUUAAAGCAAAUGCGCCAGCUACUAUUGAAAAAGCGAGAUUUGUUCAAGAGAGCGCAAACAGAAAUAAUGCAGGGGGACCGCUGCCAAAAAUAGGACCAGAGCCGAACAAUGCUAACACAAAGAAAGUACAAAAUCCCUCGCCACCUAGAGUCAUUAAGGUGAAGCAACCGAAACUGAACAGCCCAGCUAAUAGCAACCCAUCACCAAACCAACCAGAACCAGUUAGUACUAACAAUAACUCACCAGCUCAACCCAAACCAACACCUCAACAGACCUCUCCAUCUAAUCCAUCUCCAAAGAACGUCCAAAAAGCAGUAUCACCGGUAGCUGACCAAUCAAAUCUCGGUAAUGCCCAAAAGUCACCUGUUCCAACUGCUUCCGCUAAAGUGGCUAACUCGGCUAACAACCCAUGGUUUGGUGCCAACGUCCCUGAACAACUUUCAGGAAUAGCGCGACUCUUAAUGAUGCCAGAACAGUAUAGGGAGCGUAUAUUAAGACUUGGAGCUCUGAUUGGUAAUCCCUCAUUAUUUCCAACGCCUGCCAAUAAUAACAUUCCUGGAUCGCCCUCUAGUGGUGGGAUAUCUCCUACCAAUAGCACGGGAAAUUCAUCGAAUGCAAUGAACCCAUUGAAUAAUCCCAUAGGAAACAUGAUCCAGCGACAGAUGGAAUUGCAAGAGGCCGGAUUAGAGAUCCAAGCAGUCGAAAUACCCAUCAUUUGCAAAGGAAUCGUGGCCCCGGCUCCUGGAAACGAAACAGUCCAACAGUUGAAAGCUGAUGGAAUGAAGGCGGCCCUGACAGCUUUCAGCUUAGGAAAAGAACUCUCGUAUAUGGAGGGUGCUGCACUUUGCCACAAUAAACUGAAGGAAUAUCAAGCUUGUGAUAUUUAUUCUAACGUAAUGGAGACAACAUGUCAACCUAACUUUCCAAACCAAUGUAAAGGUGGCAUGAAAUGUUCUAUCUACUCAGGAAUGGUUCAUGACCUCCUUGGGGUCAUCCCUCUCUGCUGUCCGAAGACCGUCCUAGAGGCACGACAAAAAAAUAUGCUCCAUGAAACCGGUAUGCUGCCUGCAAAUUUGAACAUGCCGCUCAUUCGUUAAAAAAUCAUCAAAGAAAAAUCAUUUAUAUCAAAGAUUUGUAUUGCUGAUCAAAGCUGUUGUUAUGAUAUAAAGCGCCCAAGCAUUUGGAUGUAUGGGAUCGUCCAAAGCUCGACAAUAAUGAACGCAAAAUAUUGCAAUACUGACUGCAUAAAAUGACAAUAUUGACCGGAUUAGGCGGGGGAAAUUCUUGUAUAGUCACAUGGUCUGUAUGAGAAUUUUUGAUACCCCUCCCCCUUUCAGUGUUAUACAAGGAUUAUAAAAAGGUAUGAAAUAAAUUUUGUUUGUCACAAAA